AGCUAUCUCUAGGUCCUCCUUGCCAGAUGCUAAUACUGCUAAUCAGCCGUCAUAAUGAUCGAUAAAAAACAUCGUUUCAAUAAAUGAAUCAAAAAGAGACAAUCUCAAUUUUAUACUUUUAACCAAUGUACGCUUUUACUUGCAAUCAAAAACAGUACGGUCAAUAACUUUUAGCGGUUACUGUACACCAGAUUACUUAGGUUAUCACGGUAUAAUAAUGAAAAUCAAUAAACACACAAGACUGCAUGAAACAUGAAAAGAGAUAAUUAUAGACACAAAUACAUUGUAUAUUGUGUGUGGUUACAAAUUUAUAGCGAUUGUUACCGUAAAAUAGGAUUUACUGUUAUAAAGAAAAGAGGCAAUCGUUUGCUUGGUAUGAAGUCAGCAGCCUCAUUUACCUUCACUGCUCUGUUCGCGUGUUCUCAAUCGACAACAUCAGUAACAAGAUACCGUUAAGAACUUUAUAAGAGUUUAACAUCAGCAAAUGUGAACGAAGUUUGUUUGUAACUAGUAUAAGAAGCAUCAUCUGUAAAAAGUUUUAUACUACAACAAAAUGGAAAAUUUAUCGGCGAUCAUGCCCAAUUGUACCCAACUUGACGGUGUAUCUGAGCAUCUUUUCAUGGCCCUGAUGAAUAUUCUGGUUGCUGCCAAAUGUUCUUUUCCAAGUCCUGAGAAAGACUACCCUCUAGAUUAUGGCCCUAAAUUGACGGAUGAAGAAGAGUUUGACUUUAUUGUAGUUGGCGCAGGAACUGCUGGAUCCGUGGUAGCUAGUCGACUUUCUGAGAUACAAGAUUGGAAAGUCUUACUGUUAGAAGCCGGAGGAUAUCCAAGUGCUACCAGUGAGAUUCCAUCCUUGCUGUUUUCCCUUCAAGGAACUAAAGAAGAUUGGCAGUACGUAACAGAGCCGAGUCCGACAUGUUGCUUGGGUUUGAAAAAUAAAAGAUGUUUCUGGCCACGUGGCAAGACACUUGGAGGCAGUAGUGCACUCAACGUGAUGCUUUAUCUCAGAGGCAAUAAAAACGAUUACGACCGAUGGGAGGAAAUGGGCAAUGAAGGCUGGAACUACGACGCGGCAGUAAAAUACUUUCAAAAAGUUGAAAGGCUUGCUGACGACUCGUUGAAGAAGCACAAAUUUUUUGGAGAAAAUGGAUAUUUGACAUUAAGUACAUCAGAGGUGAAGUUCACUUUGAAGAAAUCAAUAAAACAAGCUGCAAAAGAAAUAGGUCUAAGCACUCCCGAAUUUGAAAGUUCGUUGGGAUUUUUCGAUGCCCUUCUUUCUAUAGAAAAUGGCGUAAGAUGUAGUGCAGCUAAGGCAUAUUUGAGAAACGUUAAGAAUCGACAAAAUCUUUAUUUGGCUACCGAGGCGUAUGUCAAAAAAGUCUUAUUUCAACCAAAUACCAAAAAAGCAUCAGGGGUUGAAGUGUUCAUCAAUGGUAAAACUCUUAAACUCAGAGCCAAAAAAGAGGUGAUAUUAUCCGCUGGCUCCAUAAAUUCGCCACACCUGCUAAUGAACUCUGGAAUAGGCCCUAAAGAUCAUCUUGCACAGCACAAAAUAUCAUUAGUCCAGGAUCUCUGGGUUGGAAAUAAUCUACAAGAUCAUAUGCAUGUUCCUCUCCUUUUAGAAUUAGAUGAAGACGUCGAUGAACAGAAACGAAUUGCCGAUCACCUCUUUAAUUAUUUCGUUCACAGAAAAGGACCAAUUGGUGGAGUGUCGCUUACGAAUUUCGUCGGAUUUGUUAACACAAAGAACGACUCUGUCUACCCCAACAUUCAGUACAUUCCACUGCUUCUUCCGAAAACAGAUCAAUAUCUGACAGCAGAGGUACAUCGUGUGUUUGGGAUGGAAGACGCUCAAAUUCAAAAAGAAAAAAAAGUUCUUGAGCACCGAAGUCUUCUUAGAAUGAUCAUUGUUAACACAUACCCCGAAUCUCGAGGAAGGGUUGAACUGAAAACCAACGACCCAUUUGAGAAACCUCUUAUACAUCCCGGUUAUUUUACUGAUCCAGAUGGAAAAGACCUUCAAACGAUGGUAGAAGGAAUCAGAUUAUUUCAAAAAAUUAUCAAAACGUCAGCUUUUAAAAAACACAACCCGAAAGUUAUCGAGCCAGUGUCUCCUAACUGUAAACAUCUAAAGUUUGAUACUGACGAUUAUUGGAAAUGUAUCAUAAAAGACAUAGGUGCCACGACAUACCAUCCCGCAGGUACUUGCAAGAUGGGACCAAAAGAAGACCACUCGUCCGUCGUAAGUUCGAGAUUGACCGUUCAUGGUGUUCAUAAUUUGAGAGUCAUUGAUGCAUCAAUAAUGCCAAAGAUUGUCAGUGUAAAUCUCAACGGGCCCACAUUCAUGAUUGCCGAAAAAGGAGCAGAGUUGAUCAAAGAAGACUGGCAAAACGUACGAGAUGAAUUGUGACUCAUUCCUGAGCACUGAAUUUAUACAAACGACUGAUCCAUUUUUAAUAUAAAAUAAUAGAUAUACA